AAAAAAAAAAGGAGUCCGUAUGCUUUAAAUUGCAUCUCUCUCUCUCUCUCUCUUCCCCCCAUGUCUGCAAACUCUCACAAAUCCUCAAGCAGACCCAGAAAGACAGACAGAGACAGAGAGCCUCGGCAGCUCGUUAAGGACUACACUAGUUACACACACUUGUCACUCUGUCUAGCUCUCAUCCUAGAAUUAGCAAAAGCCUUAAUUGCUCCUCUGUUUCUGCUAAAUUCCUAACCUCUCCGUUCCCCAAAAAAGAAGAUAAGUGAGAGAGAGAGAGAGAGAGAGAGAGAGAGAGAGAUGACGGCACCAACAAGGCGUAACAAGAACAGCAACAAUAAUGGUAAUGAGCAGGGAAGCAGCAGCAGCAAGAAGGUGAUGAACAGAGGGGCAUGGACUGCUGAGGAAGACCGGAAGCUCUCUCAGUACAUCGAAAUCCACGGCCCCCGGAGGUGGAAGACUGUUGCUUCUAAAUCAGGGUUGAACCGAUGCGGGAAGAGUUGCAGGCUGAGGUGGCUGAACUAUCUGAGGCCCAAUAUCAAGAGAGGGAACAUCUCGGACGAGGAAGAGGAUUUGAUUCUCAGGCUCCAUAGGCUGCUGGGCAACAGGUGGUCCUUGAUCGCUGGGAGGCUUCCAGGCAGGACUGAUAACGAGAUUAAGAACUACUGGAAUUCUCAUUUGAGCAAAAAAAUAAAUCAAAAGGAGAAAUCCAGAGAAGUUCCAGCACCUCAGGAGGCCACAACACCGCCGCUUAAAACUCCCGAAAACUCUCAGGCCGAGGAGGAGGAGGGCGGCAAUAAAUUGGGGACCGGAAACUUGGAUCCUAGCUUUGACGUGAACGAGUUCUUCGACUUCACUACCGAGGGAUCUUACGGUCUCGAGUGGGUCAAUAAGUUCCUCGAACUCGACGAGGACAUGUUGACCGCUGAUAAGCGAUUUUAAUGUCUAGCUAGCGGUCUCUCUUUUUGUUAAUCGGUUAGAUAAAAAAAAAACGAACUAAUUAAAUGGAGGCAAUCAUGUGAUUAAUCUACUAUAAGUAACUACUGACCAAUGGGCUUUAACCCCCAUUUUCAACCCAAAAAAAAAAAAUUACUGACC